AUGCGGCUGCGAAAAAGUUCAACAGAACGUAGUCGCGAGUUUCGUGCGCGAAAAAAACAAUUAUUGAACAAUCAAAAUAGAUGUUCAAAUAUAAGUGUUAAUGUGACUGGUGUAAUAAAUGACCACUCUCAGCAACAAAAUAGUGUUCCAACGGGAUAUAAUUUAGUAAAUAAUGAUUUUGGAAAAACUUAA